AUGGUCUCAAUUUACAGCUUAGUGGUUGCCAUGCUUUUUCAGAUUCAGAAGUGCUACUACAACCGAGAAAACAACUUGCAAAACGUAUGUCACAUGAUGUGCAAGCUUCUUACACUGAAUGUGCAAUUUGUCAGAAUGACACAGGUGGGGCAACCUGCAAAUGGAAUGGUUGCCAGCAUCAAUUUCAUGUUGGUUGUAUUGAUCCUUGGCGUAAUGUACCAUCCAGCCAAGAUCUGGGAAUCUGCUUUGUUGUACAAGAUGCAAUUCCAACAGGCCCCGAUGAAGGUAAAGGAAUUCAUCAACAAAUCUGGAAUGGGCCCUAAAACACUCUUGAUGCUAGCCUAA